GGAAGAAGAAAGAAAACAGAGGGGAGGGGAGCGCGACUAUUUGAAAAAGAAAGAGGAAAGAGAAGUAGAAAGAGGGAAUGAGAAGAUAGAAUUAGAGAGUUUGGGGCUUUUCUCAAAGGCUGCAAAUUUUGGGUAUUUCUAAAUUGGAGGAGAGUGAAGCUAUAGAAUUGCCUGAGAGUUUCGAUUGAAUUUUAGAAGAAGAAGAAAGAUGAAGGAAUGAGAAUGAGAGUUUGAUUUCCUGCUCUUGAAACUGAAUUGUGGGAAGGCCAAGGGAGGAAGCUUUCAGAAGUGAAGGGUUUUUGUCUGGGUUGUUUUGUAUGUAUGGUUGUCUUGCUUUACUAUUAAAACAAAAAAACCGUCUGAGUUCUGACUCGUUGUGGAUAUUCGGAACACCCUGUUUCGCUAUAGUUGGAUAUUGGUCUCAGGCUCUGAUCUUGGUGAAAUGAAGAUACUAAAGGCUGAUGUCGGAGCACUUGACAAUUUUGAAGUGCUCGAAUUCCUAAAAUCUAAAGGGGCCUCAAAGAAUGAUCUAUCACGGGUGGCAAGAGUUACACAAUCAGAGUAUAAGGUUUUCGAUUAUUUGGUUGAUACUCCUGCUGGUACUCACACAAGAGAGAGUGUUGAAGAGUUCAAGGAGAAGUGUAGACAAUAUGACCUUGGGAAUGAUAAGAUCCUCAAUAUUAUUAACACUAGGCCAGCUUCAGUGGUUGAAAUAUAUGCGAUCGUGGAGGAUAAUGCUGAUGAGCUAGUAGAGCUGGUUGCAGAGGUCUUGACUCCUCCAACUGUACCAUCCCCUAAACCUGAAGCCGAUACUAAUGAGAUUGAUGCAGAGACCAUGAACGUGGAACAAAUUGAACAAAAUGAUGGCAAUAAAGAAAAACCUGAAUUUGGGGAAGCACCAAUGGAGCCGUUAAAUAUAUGAUGAGCAGCUAUUGUUUAUCUUAUAUGUUGACAGCUGCUUUGAUGUUUCCAAAUGAGUCGAAUGUGUGUGAUUGUAAGUAGAAAUGAUACUGGAUUUACCAUUUCUGGUGUCACAGGAGAUCUCCCUCAUUUACUGUAUUAUGUUUCCUUUGCAGCAUUAUUUGUCAAAAGUUGUUGAAUCCA